UUGAAAGGCCGAGGAAGUCGUGGGAGGAGGCGGCUGGAGGGAGGAACCGGCUGGAGGGAGGAACCUGACGGUUUGUGCUCUGCUCGGCUCCUGCUCGCACCCACGCCUCUCUACUCCGCUUGGCGCCCCCACUUGGGCAUGCGCCCCCCGCGCCCUCAGACACCCCGAGCCCGCGCAGUCCCCCGGAACCUCCUCAGAGCUGCCCGCGCAGGAUGGGCGCCCCAGGCCUCGCGCCGUCGCUGCUGUUGCUGAUGCUGGGCCUCAGAUCCUGGGCCCGGGAAGUGCUGGUCCCCCAGGGACCCCUGUAUCGUGUGGCUGGCACAGCCAUCACCAUCCCCUGCAAUGUCACUGGCUAUGAGGGUCCCACCCAGCAGGACUUCGAGUGGUUCCUGUACAAGCCUGAAGCCCCGGAGGCGGCCCUAGGGAUCAUCAGCACCCGGGACCCCCACUUCUCCUAUGCCAUCUUUGGGCCCCGAGUGGCGGCAGGCGAGGUGCAGGUGCAGCGUGUGCAGGGCGAUGCAGUGGCUCUCCGGAUUGCGCGCCUGCAGGCCCAGGACGCUGGUGUGUAUGAGUGCUACACGCCCUCCACUGACACCCGCUACCUGGGCAGCUACAGCGGCAAAGUGGAGCUGAGAGUUCUUCCUGACACGCUACAGGUGUCCGCCACCCUGCCAGGACACCGAGGACGCCAGGCCACAGCGUCCCCCCCUCGCCUGACAGUACACGAGGGGCAGGAGCUGGCCCUGGGCUGCCAGGCACGGACGAGCAGGGAGCUGCACACGCACCUGGCCGUGUCCUUUGGGAAGGCUAUGCCCGAGGCUCCUGUGGGCCGCUCCACACUGCAGGAAGUGGUGGCGCUGCAGCCUGACCUGGCCGUGGAAGCUGGCGCACCGUAUACUGAGCGGCUGAAUGCUGGGGAGCUGCGGCUGGCCAAGGAGGGGUCACAGCGCUAUCGCAUGGUGGCUGGGGGUGCCCAGGCUGACGAUUCGGGCACCUACCACUGUACAGCCGCUGAGUGGAUCCAGGACCCUGACGGCAGCUGGGCCCAGAUUGCUGAGAAGCGGGCAGUACUGGCUCAUGUAGAUGUGCAGACACUGGCCAGCCAGCUGGCCGUGACUGUGGGGCCCGGGGAGCGCCGGGUUGGCCCCGGAGAGCCCCUGGAACUGCUAUGCAAUGUGUCAGGGGCACUGCCCCCACCAGGCCACCAUGCUGCCUACUCUGUGGGCUGGGAGAUGGCACCAGCAGGGGCACCUGGGCCCGGUCGCCUAGUGGCCCAGCUGGACACAGAGGGCGUGGGCAGCCUGGGCCAUGGCUAUGAGGGCCGCCACAUCGCCAUGGAGAAAGUGGCAUCCAGAACCUACCGGCUGCGGCUGGAGGCAGCCAGGCCUGGUGACUCCGGCACUUACCGCUGCCUGGCCAAGGCCUACAUACGAGGGUCUGGAGCCCGGCUCCGGGAGGCCGCCAGUGCACGCUCCCGGCCCCUGCCUGUGCACGUGAGGGAGGAAGGUGUGGCGCUGGAGGCUGUGGCCUGGCUGUCUGGGGGUGCUGUGUACCGCGGGGAGACAGCCACCCUGCUCUGCAACAUCUCUGUGCGGGGUGGCCCCCCUGGGCUGCGGCUGGCUGCCAGCUGGUGGGUCGAGCGACCUAAGGAUGGGGAGCCGUCCCCUGCCCAGCUGGUGGGGGGCAUGGGCCAGGACGGUGUGGCUGAGCUGGGUACCCGGCCUGGAGGGGGCCCGAUCAGUGUGGAACUGGUGGGACCACAGUGCCAUCGGCUGCGGUUGCACAGCCUGGGGCCCAAGGAUGAGGGUGUGUACCACUGUGCCCCUAGCGCCUGGGUACAGCACCCUGACUACAGCUGGUACCAGGCAGGCAGCGCACGCUCGGGGCCCGUCACAGUCUACCCAUACACUCAUGCCUUGGACACCCUGCUGGUACCCCUGCUGGUGGGUGCAGGGGUGGCCCUUGUCACUGGAGCCACGGUCAUUGGCACCAUCACCUGCUGCUUCAUGAGAAGGCUGGGCAAACGGUGACCUUUUGUCCCCAGUCCUGCAGGUGUUGACCAGCUCCCAUUCCUGACUGCCUGGAAUCCCCUUCCUCUGUCUGCCCUGCCUUUAAUUUAUAUGCCUGACCCCAUCCGAGAGGGCCUUACUCCAUGGCCACUCCUCCCUUCCUCAGCAGACCUCCUCACCUUGAUCUCAUACCCAACCUUAAGGCAGGUUGUCUCCCUGUCCCAGAAUUAGUUUUUUUAAACUGUGAAUAAACAUGUUUUCUAAAACCCA